UCCAACGAAUGAAAGUGGGGAUUGGGAAGGAAAGUGCUAGAUGCAGGGGAGGAGCCAGUACACCUCUGCAAGACUGAAGGGGAGGAGCCGGUACACCUCUGCAAGACUGAAGGGGAGGAGCCGGUACACCUGUACAAGACUGAAGGGGAGGAGCCGGUACACCUGUACAAGACUGAAGGGGAGGAGCCGGUACACCUCUGCAAGACUGAAGGGGAGGAGCCGGUACACCUCUGCAAGACUGAAGGGGAGGAGCCGGUACACCUCUGCAAGACUGAAGGGGAGGAGCCGGUACACCUGUACAAGACUGAAGGGGAGGAGCCGGUACACCUCUGCAAGACUGAAGGGGAGGAGCCAGUACACCUCUGCAAGACUGAAGGGGAGGAGCCGGUACACCUCUGCAAGACUGAAGGGGAGGAGCCGGUACACCUGUACAAGACUGAAGGGGAGGAGCCGGUACACCUCUGCAAGACUGAAGGGGAGGAGCCGGUACACCUCUGCAAGACUGAAGGGGAGGAGCCGGUACACCUGUACAAGACUGAAGGGGAGGAGCCGGUACACCUGUGUAAGACUGAAGGGGAGGAGCCGGUACACCUGUACAAGA